CAAGAGCUCCGCAUUCCUUACCCCUUUCUUACAGUCAUCUUUCCAGAAAGCCACCUUUGGAUAGAAAAAAAAUGAACGCUUCAACGGCAUUUAUAGGGCCUGGGAGAAUUGAUACACAUCACCACUACUUCGGGGACUCGGUCCCAGAACUGGUAUCAGAAUUCACAAACGAUGGAGCUCAAGCCUUCUUCUUCCCAAAGGGCGUGGACGACCACUUGAAGUACAUGGAUUCCAUGGGAAUCCAGACGGCCGUACUGGCGCCAAGUAUCAAGAUGGAAUGGCAUACCCAAUGGCCACCGGCGAGAUGGAAGAACCUGUGCGAGAGGACGCUGAAAGCCCAGCUGAAGGUUCAGGAAUCGAAUCCGCUCCGCUUUGGGACGUUUGCCAUGCUCCCCUUCCCGCAUGUUAACGAGACUUUGGACUUCGUGAGGGAUAUAUACACCCGUGAGGUCAAGCCAGAUGGUUUCGCGCUGUCUACGGCUAUGGGGAAUAAAUACCUCGGUGAUCCAGCCUUCGAUCCCAUGUGGGACGAAUUGAAUAUGCAUAGCGCAGCGAUUUUCGUCCACCCUGCGGACACUGCAAUGCCGCCGGGACUGGAGUAUAAGCCAUACGUGUUCGAAUAUGCCUUCGACACAGCCCGUGCUAUGGCCAGCACCAUAAUCAACGGCGUGUUCACCCGCUAUCCGAACCUCAAAUUCAUCUUCUCCCACAACGGCGGCGCAUUCCCGUUCAUGGCGAAACGCCUGGACGACGUCGGCCCCUCUGCUAAAAAGAUGAACAACGGAAAGUCGGUGUUCGAGGUGAUCAGGACGAGCAACAUCUUCGUCGACACCGCCAUUUCCGCCCCGAUACAGUGGCCGGUAACGCUGGACAUUGGCUUCCCCGUAGAACGCAUAAUAUAUGCGUCGGAUUAUCCGUACACGGCCGCUGUCGGUGAGGUUGCAUAUCACGGGAAAACGGCCCCGGAGGAGUCCGGACAAUUCACGAGGCACGAGUUGGAUGUUAAGAUCGCCCGUGAGAAUGCUUUGAAAGGACUUUUCCCGAGACUGGCUGUGGAGUACAAGAAGGCGUUUGGGCACAAAGUUGACUGCUGAGUCGGAGUAGUUGCUGGAUGAAUGGGUGUUUUCGGGAUGUGGAGUACUUAAAAGCGAAGGCAUGUGCUCGAAUUGAUAUUUGUGGAACAUAUCUUUGGCCCUCGGUAGCUGUCAACUUGAAUCAAUACUUCCAUAA